AUGAAGCGGCAGAACGUGCGCACGCUGGCGCUGAUCGUCUGCACCUUCACCUACCUGCUGGUGGGCGCCGCUGUGUUCGACGCGCUCGAGUCGGAGCCCGAAACCACGGACCGGCAGCGGCUGGAGCGAAAGCAGCUGGAGCUCCGGGCGCGCUACAACCUCAGCCAGGGCGGCUACGAGGAGCUGGAACGCGUGGUCCUGCUGCUCAAGCCGCACAAGGCCGGCGUGCAGUGGCGCUUUGCGGGCUCCUUCUACUUCGCCAUCACCGUCAUCACCACCAUCGGCUACGGUCAUGCAGCCCCCAGCACAGAUGGUGGGAAGGUGUUCUGUAUGUUCUACGCCCUGUUGGGCAUCCCCCUCACGCUGGUUAUGUUCCAGAGCCUGGGGGAGCGCAUCAACACCUUUGUGAAGUACUUGCUGCACAGGGCCAAGAAGGGGCUGGGGAUGCGGCGCAACGACGUCUCCAUGGCCAACAUGGUCAUCAUCGGCUUCUUCUCCUGCAUCAGCACCCUGUGUAUCGGGGCGGCUGCCUUCUCCUACUAUGAGCACUGGACUUUCUUCCAGGCCUAUUAUUACUGCUUCAUCACCCUGACCACCAUUGGUUUUGGGGAUUACGUGGCCCUGCAGAAGGACCAGGCGCUGCAGACUCAGCCCCAGUACGUGGCUUUCAGCUUCGUGUACAUCCUCACGGGGCUGACUGUCAUCGGCGCCUUCCUCAACCUCGUGGUUCUACGCUUCAUGACGAUGAACGCGGAGGACGAGAAGCGGGACGCCGAGCACCGGGCUCUCCUGACCCGCAACGGGCAGGCGGGAGGAAGCAUUCUCACCACAGACACCGCCUCCUCUACCAUCGCGGGGAGCGGGGGCUUCCGCAACGUCUAUGCUGAGGUGCUUCACUUCCAAUCCAUGUGCUCCUGCCUGUGGUACAAGAGUAGGGAGAAGCUACAGUAUUCCAUCCCCAUGAUCAUCCCCCGGGACCUGUCCACCUCUGACACCUGCGUGGAGCAGAGCCAGUCAUCCCCCGGGGGUGGCCGCUACGUCGAAACUCCUUCUCACCGUUGCCUCUGCACGGCCCAGCGCUCGGCCAUCAGUUCUGUGUCCACUGGCCUGCACAGCCUGUCCACAUUCCGUGGCCUCAUGAAACGCCGCAGCUCAGUGUGACCCGGAGCUGGGUGUGGGUCAAGCUGAGG